AUGACGGAUCAUAGGGUCCCGAAUCCUUCUGUCAGCCAGGUGUUCCCCUUCGCCCAAACCCUGUCCACUCCUGGCAUCAUGACGGGCCAAAUAGAGGCCAGACUGUCUUCUGGGGGAGUUGAGGACCAGGCAGGAUGCAGUAGUCUUCCGCAUCUGUUGGAGAGACCAGUGGACGAUGGGGAGACCGGCUUCCAUGACAGACACAACUGUCCCCCUCCAGGGGACAUCCUAGAGACAAUGAAGUUGAGACGACCAACUCACCCUACCUGUUCCGCCUGUCUCUGCCUCGACCUCUACCCACCCUCCGCCAGCUUCAGUUGGUCCUAUGAGCAACAACACCUCUGUGGAGGUGGCACCCUACGUGGAAUUCCUAUCGGGUGAGAUCAGUCACAUUGGCAGCUCUUAGAUUUUUUCACUCAGCCUUGCUUCAACUGGUGUACCUAAAACAGUAAAAAUGCAUGACUUAUUUGUCAAAUCAUACUGGUUCUUGGGGAAAUUAACGCGUCAAUGGGUAAACGUAGCAAAAGGAGGUUUUUUGCGUUGAGUCACACAAAUGUGUUGUGGGACGCUAUAUGGUUCUCCAAUUAGCUAAGCAUUCAACAUAGAUGAAGGAGACAAACUGUUCAGAGGACUAGUUCCGUUCAUGAUACUUCAUUCUUCUGCAGAAAGAACUUGUAUUUUGUUGGCAUUAAAGGACGUGACGAGUUAAUGCCUUUUGUCAGGUUGCGAGGCUUUUCUAUGACAAGCAAUUCGAACUGGUCAUCUUAUUAGCGCGUCUCAGAGUCACUUCCACCUAUGGUCAAAAAUUUUUAGGAGAAAGUAAUUUAUUUGUGAACUGGUUCACUUGAUGAACGAAGGACUUGUAAACGUGAAAAUCAUGUCUGCUGUACAACCAAGACCUCUUUUUCUUCGAAUUCUGCCCUUUACGAAAAUUUUACAUGACCGAAAUCGAUUAUUGCGUGAAUCAGUCCAAAUUACGACGGUCACGCCACUAAGUAUAUCGUUGGAUAGAAAUUUGGCAGUUUGUGUAAUAUGCAAUUGUGCCUAGAGUUCGAAGGGGCUUCGAACUAGGGACACUUCGUCUCUCGGUCUGUAGAAAAAACGACUACACGGCGAUCAAGUAAUCUGAGAAUCGUCUUUAUUUCGAUUUUGGGUAUUUUGGGGAAAAUGAGCCUCUACGGCCAGACAAAUACUGCCGUAGUUAAACGAUAAAACUCAAAAGUUGACAACACUGUCGGAUGAAAUAUUCUUUGCGACGGAUGCCUGCUUUAAAAUUAAUUGAGAUUAAGGAGGAUUUAAAAUCGGUGGGUUUUCUGUAGAUGGGUUUUAAUUUUCACUAUAAAUGUAGACGGUCGUUUUUGCGCAAAUUGUAACUUCACAUUAAGCAGGUGUCCGCAGGUCUAUUUGGAUCUCAGAAUAAGAUAAGACAUCUGUAUCUUGUCUUGAAUCUCCUGUUUUAGAGUCCAUUCGAGGGAUCCUAUAGCGGCCAGCCAUCAGUAAUCGUCAAGUUCUUUUGGACAGAGGCAAGGGAUACCUGAUUGAUCAGUACGCCUGACUGUGUUUCUCAAAGGAAAGCUAUAAAUACCCGGCAGAUUGAAAUAUUAGUCGUCAACUUCUCUGAAUUUUCAAAUUGUUGAUUUUUGAAAAUUUAUAGAUAAUGAGCUCUACUCUCCCCAAGUUAAUUUUAACAAAGCCUCCCUUCUAUUUAACAAGAGUGACUGACUUCCCCAGAGAUACUUAGAAGGAAAAUUUUUAACUUACAAAUUUUUCAUGGUCAGAUGACUCGGAGACUACAUCACAGGCGUUUGACACAGGAUCGGAAUACCGUUGACUGAUGACACCAUAUAAGCCCUAGAUGGCCAUUCUAGUGUCUCUCACCUCUGUAGACGAUGCUCCGCGCUUUGCAACAUAAAUAAUGCAACUUUUAUUCUGCUUGAUUACUUUGUCAGAGCGUACUUGCUGUUUCACUCAGAUCAGAUGUUCUACGACGGAAUUCGAGUAGUUUAUCCAUCACAUUUACUACCCAAGCCGGCAGGUGCUUCUUGGUUCGGUUGCAAGACCUUAGGGUCGUAUAACCCAUUCAUCCUACUCCAAACAAACAGGCUUAUGUGUAAACGCAGGUAUUGGUGGCUGGGACGACUGUUAUCCCCCCGGUUCUACAGCCAUUAGCCCAAAACUUGUGUAAAUCAUCUUCGGCUGAGAUGUCGAAAAUAUUCUUCAAAAAACUGCGGACUACCAAAGUCUCAUUUAUUUUCUAUAGGCUUCUCUUUUCUAAGAUACUUAAGAGUGUAAAUUCGUCUUUUUCACCAUAAAAAGGUUAUCUUCAACUGACAUUCACCCAUGUUUCUAGAUAUGGUACGUUUAAAAUAUACGUUUUUCGGAGACGCUUUCCUAUAUUAAGCCUUUUAACUUCACCCGCAGUUAAUAUCCUAAGGACAAGGGUUUUUAGAUUUAUCUCGUUAGUCAGUAUGAAUGGUUCAACAGAAGCCGGACCCGGUGUAGCAAUCGCGCAAUUUUCAAAAUUUUUUUCACAAUUUUCUAAGGGUAGUCAGUAGUGUUUGAAUAUAUACUGGUGUCAGUGAUAUUUGCUCAAAUACACAUAUCAACUCUCGGAAAGUAUCUGAAUAGACUUGUCCUGAUGCCUUACAUCAAAUUCCAAACUUUACAUUGAGAAAAGAGGUAAUUACAAAACCCACAGAAUUCAUACGGCGAACGCCGGGGGACCAAAUGAUGAGCAGGACUUCCCCCGCGGUUGCGUUAGGCGACGACGCAUUGUCUGACCUUUUAACUAGCAUUUGUGUUAGGAGUAUGGCAAAAUAAUCCCGAUGAAUUUUACAAGCCUUUCCUCGUCUCUUAAUUCUUUCUUUAGGGAUCAGUAAGAAGGCAUUUUAAUUGCCAUUUGCCUCAACAAGAGGAACCAAGGAUUUAUUUUCUGGCAUGUGUACGCACUAUAUUGUUAUAGCCAACCAAGAAUAUCUACAUGUGAAAGCUCCACUUUCAACGGGGGUUUGUGACAUUCAUUUGACAACUCCGAACUUGACUGUUGCUCUCGGCAAAUCUUUCCGGAAAUCUGUCCUUGCCUUCUCAUCUAAAUACUUAAAACGAGAGUUAACGCCUCAUUGUCGUCCAUUUCGGUCUAACGUGGGUAUUAAAGUCGAACUUAAACUACGCUGAGACCUAUGCACUUAUGUUUGCCGUCGCACACAGAUCCAACCGGCGCCGUUUAGGUAUAUGGUUCGGGAACGGUCGUCUCAGGUCCAGUGAAGAGUAGGCUACGACUGGUAGUUUUUCCUUUGCGAAGACUUAUGCCAGUCAAGAGAAGGUGAAAGGCUCAAGCAUUCUCUCUUCCAUCCAACCGGGAGUUUUCAUAUAAGAAUAAAUGACAGGAGGGUUUGUUUGUUUUUAUUGCAAGUUCACACAUUAAAGGAUGUACUGUUCGGGUGCCGGCGAAUCUGAGGUCGCCUUUCCAGAUUAUAGCAGAAUGUCAGUACGCGGUUCGACUGGCAGAUCGUUGAGCUAAGCUGUCGACUGAACCUACCUAGCUGGAGAUGACAAAACCUGUCACUAUUGAAUAUACUAAUCACCCUCACCAUUGUCAGUGAGUUUGAGCUGCACAGCGGCCCCACGCUAUGCGGCCAUUCGCAUGGAUUCUAAACUCGGAAUCCCAGGCGAAAAGGGAAAUGGCCAUUUCCGUCUCGCCUUCCAGACCUAUGCUUAAAAACUACUCAGAUAUAAUGGUUUUGCCAUUGACACACCUGUAUGGGUUUUACUAGUCUCAGUUGUAACAGAAUAAACGUGAACCUGUGGUUCAGGAGGUAAUAGUAACCACGUUGACCGUCUGGAGCAUCUUACAAGUCAUAGGUCUUCUGGGCGUAAAGUUUUAGUAGGGCUGACAGACUGCCCGGGGACGGCAAGUAACCCCGAAAUUACCGCCAUAGGCUCCCAUGUCUAUGAUACAGUAGGUGGGUUAACUCAUGAAAUGCCAGCAGAAAUUCCGAAAUGCGUUUUCGUUUAGAAAAGGGUAAUUAAGCAGGGUUGUAAAACUAGUCAGCCUGCAACAUAAUUCUAUAAUAUUUCAGUGACCUCAGGAUGCCAGCUUCCAAACGCACUAUCUUCCGGCUGCAUGCAAAAAAUACACUCUGUAAAAAAUGACUACUUAAGUGGCGUGCAACUUAUUCAUUGAUUUUUGAUGCCCUUAAAAAUUCAAUUAUAGUUCAUGGAAAAUAUGCAUAAAAUAUCCAUUCUUUUGCACAUUCAGCAGACAAUUACGUCCUCUUUUAAUUUCACACUCGAAGGAAGGGUAUAAUUUGGUUUUAUAAAACUUUUCCAAUUCCUGAAUAAUUUUGGGCCCACUUAACCGUUACACUUGGAUUCAGGGUUUAAAAACUACAAGCCGUAUAUUUUCCGCGUACGGAAAAUCACACAUUUCUCUACGGUAAUAAAGGGGGACCAUAUAAGGUUCAUAAAAUUAAGCAGUGGAUUUGAUCCAUAUUGGUAACUUUACAAGCCACAUUGGUAAAUGCAAACACAUGACGACUUAGGAAUAGCCAUUUCACGGUAUUCAAAAGUCCCAUAUUUAGAAACUUUUUCAAAACCGAAUUAUGUCCCUCCUUUGGGUGUCAAAUUAGAGGAAGACGUAAUUAUCUACCGAGUGAGCAAAAGAAUGAAUAGUCUUAUGCAUGUUUUCCAUGAAGUAUAAUUAGAUUUUCAGAGGCAACGAAAAUCAAUGAGAAAAAUGCAUGCUACAUAAGUAGUCACUAUCUGCAGAGUGUAGUUUUUGCAUGCAGCCGGAAGGAAGUUCAUUCGACAGUCGGCAUCCUGAGGUUACUGAAAUAUCAUAGUAUUAUGUUGCAGGCUGACUAGUUUUACAACCCUAUUUAAUUAAUCUUUUCUAAACGAAAACGCAUUUCGGAAUUUCUGCUGGCAUUUCAUGAGUUAUCCCACCUACUGCAAGUCAAAUCUCAACCAACAUGAAUGGCUUGAUGUAGAGUAAAAUUUCUCAGCGAUGGCAUCUGGUAGGGGUUCUUGGUAGUUUUUCAGCGAUAUGCGUCCAGAUCGCAGAUUAGUUACAAAAGAAGAAUUCUAUGACGCAAACAGUUCGAUAUUCUAGUAGUUCGUGCUAUGAAAUUAUCUAAAAACCCUGUCUAGAGAAAAUUAUUUCCUGUCGUAGAUUCAGAUGACAUCUUGGGACAGAGACAUUUUAACCUUGAAACAGACACUGGCUUCCAUGCUUCAUUAAAUGUCUCUCUGUAUGACUAUCAUCAUUAAAUGACCUAAAUCUUGUUGGGAAAAAUUUGACGGCACAGGUGGUAUGAAUAACCAUCCCGAGCUUGAUUGUUGUCCUCGACUAGUCCUGCCCUAACCCUAGAUAUUUACGAACUGAGAAUUAGCUAUUUAUCAUAUUGGUUGCCUAAAAUUGUGCCUUUUAAACACGGCUCGAUACCUGUCAAAUGCAGCCGGAUCUUCUGUAUCUCGUCAAACAACCAGAUCGGAUCGCUUAGUACCACUCUACUGUAAUUAAAUUUCAUCCUUCGGAUGACAGGGAAAUUUUCUGCUGAUAUGCCCGUCUGCUGGCACGGAGGAUUAGGAAGACCUUUGAUGCCGCUGGUAUGCAAGAGUACGGAUACUGCUUAUGCUGACAAAAAUACUUAGAUAUCUUUUAGUACUCCAUCCGUUUGAUUCAGGAUCGAGGUUUAUACCAAUAUGUGUUUCCAAAUAUCCUCACUUUUCUUAUUAUAUUUGCUGUUUUGCACAACGUUUUCCAAUGCAAUGACAAGCGUAGUUGUCUCCAAGACGAUUUGGUCUACCUACGGCGAGCGGGUACAAUAAGAUCUCGUUUUACCACUUACUUGCAUGCGGCCUCGCUUUCAUUCUGUGCCUAACUUUCAGCUUUAGCUCAAGUCUUGACGGUCCACGACGGAAGAACGCAACUAGAGAGAAGAUUGCAACCUUGAAGACCUGGCUCCAAGACCACGCGACCAAUCCCUACCCGACAAAGGGCGAGAAAAUCAUGCUCGCUAUCGUCACGAAAAUGACUUUUAAUCAGGUCAGUAAAUGGGGUCUUCUCUCCAAUAGGAGCCUUUCCUUCAGCCUAUCAGCUUCAGUUGGCCACAGUAGUCUGAGAGCAGACUGUGGAGGUUUCUCGGAGUGAAAGAUCUCCAGGAAUUUCAAAAAUCUUCGACCCAACGAGUUGUUUAUAAACAUAUCAGUGGAAAGUGUGGACAAAUCUCUUCCAUGCUAGGCGUCCUUUGCAGAUGAAACACAAAUCACCAGACUUUUAUACUGAAGGCUAAUAUCUGAAACCCACACAGUGGUUUAUCCAUUUCAAAUGUAAUGAGUCAGGAAAACAAAAGUAUCCAUUUUAUGCAGACCAGCCCCGAACGACACAAGCUUUCAUGUCAACUGCUUUGAGUAGAACAUGCCUCUGCUUCCACAAAACUAAGUACUGUGUAUAUUAUUUUCAGGUCCCAGACUUGAAAUCUCCCUUAAUAAGCAAGGGCCAAAAUGCAAUUAUAGAGACCUAAAACCCACUGACGUCUGUUCUGUGUAUGUAAGGUUGCCAAAUAUAAAUCUAGACAAGAUUUUCCACAAAAACGCUAUCCCUGCCGAAGUUCGUCGUAGCUGCUCACUAGAUAAAUCCAUGAACCGGCUCGGGAUGCAUGAAACGUAUGCAUUACAACUACUGUGUCCUGUAAACUGUCUUCUCUGGGCUAGAAAACAAUUAACAACUUCAGAAAGGAAGCCAUAAUCCUGGAUUAACGGCCACAAACUGCUUCUGAUGUUCCAUUCAUUACUCAUUCCUUUAACCGAAAGCUUUAUGCGUGCAGUAAGAUGUCUCAUGACUGAUAGGCGUAAAGGGUAACUUCAAGUUAGUUAACUUGUCCGGACCCACUAGGUUCAUCCUCGAGACUGUUCUAGUUGUUUAUUCAAAUUCAAUCUCUAAAAAAUUGUUCAGAUAAUAUUUUUUCCAUUACUUUUCAAUGUGCUUCCAAAAUUUGCCAAAAUUGGCGGGUAGAUUUAAAUUUAACCCGGAGAAUUGGAAGUACGGCUAUGGGGACGUAUCGCUGGGUAGCUUGUUGUUGAUGAAUUUGAAAUUAAUUUUUACGUAGUUAAGUAGAAAUAUUGAGACAAUAUUAAUAUAACAAGUUGAAUUUUCCCCCUCUUCCAUAUGGCAUGAAAUGCCAAUCCUACUUCUGAUGGACUCUACAUUAAAAUUGUUAUUUUCCUUGCAAUUUAUUGGCGCACGGUUUGUUCCCCAAUAGUUUAUUCAGAAACUAGUUUUGUCACGAUAACUAGUAUUUGAAGCGAUGGACAGUCUUUCUGGUUUAGUAAAUUGCUCUUUAAAAUUCCGUUCAGAGUUUACCUAGGUCUGUGCAUAAGUUACUAUUUGUGGAAUCCCCUACCCAUGGCUGACGUUUUAUGCCGUAAAUGCAAGCUACGACAAUUAUUAUCUUAAGAAAAUUUUCUGAAUUUAUUACGAAUUACUCAAACAGAAAGACUGCAUUCAGAUAAGGACACGCAGUGAACUAGACAUUCAGGAAGUAAAAGACAGCAUAGUUACUUAAAAACGAUUUGGAAAGAAUAAUUGGAAAAGUGCCUAACUAUCGAGGUAUGGAAAAAUUGUGGAUUCACCGAUGCCUAUGACCGUAAAAUAGCGUAAGUAGGGAUAGUCUGGACAGAUAUGUUUCUUACUGUUUCAAAAAAUCAGUCCAAUUUACAAUUACUUUUUUGUAUCAUCUAGUUCCUCCGAAAGCAGCUCGUUCAUUCUUUUUGGUAGUGUUAAAAUACCUUUUGUUCAGGUCUUGCGUUUGGAACUCUCUCUAAAGCAACUAGCGUUUGCUGGUUUAACUCUAUAUCUGCCUUAUUUUUAUAGCGUCACACUUUGCAACUGAUGCGUAUUUAAAUAAACCUUAAAAAUGAAUCAUGUAAACACAUUUGUGACAGCUUUUCAGUUGCUUCCUUCCGAUGCGUAACCACGAAAUCAAAAGAAGGCGCAAGAAGUUAUAGAUUGUUUCUAAAAAGCGUUACAAAAUAACAAUAUACACUUCAAUAAAUCAACUUUUAAAAACGACGAAAUACAUCUAUAACACGAUGAAAACAAGCGGGGAUGCCACUUAACCCUGUAUUCCAUAAAAUCGGUGCCCUCCUUGAAAUUUUAUUUGAGCUUAUCAUGCGUUAAUUCAUCUGCACUCCGCAAACUGUUAUUGACUAAAAACCCAGACACAUGAUCAGCCGGAUUUCUGUUGCUGAACAACGCAUCUGAAGAGUCCCCCAGUGUUUCUUGCGUGAUUUUAGGCAGGUACUACAAGUUUGAGUGUUAGUUGUCCAAUUUGACAAGAAAUUAGCAGUUGACCUUGAAACAGGCCCCAGGGAGGAAAGCUUUUCGGCCCAGAAGCAUAAUUUAUCCACCUGAUGAAUACUACACAGUUUUUCCUUUGGGAUAAAUAGAAUUCAACCAUAACACCCAUAAUUUUCCUGUUAAACCUAAAAACAUUAUUUAAGGAUGAAGGGCCAACUCGUUACGAAAUUGUGACCUUAGCUUUAAUGCAUAUUUCCCACUCCAUCAAGCUACUUAUUCAUAUGAAUCUUUAAAAACGGGACUCUUUGCAAAUGCGUUGAGUCUGAAGAAUGUCUUGCUAACACGAUGUCUUUAGAUGGAGGGACAAGUUUCAGUUAAUAAAAUAUAUAUGGUCGCUUAUUGUAGACUUAUUACAUCGAUCUUCCGUUUGAUGCAUAAUGCAAAUAAAAAUGACUCAAGCAAACUUGUACCACAGACCAAACUUAGGAAAAAUACAAUAAUGAACCCCCAAAGGCUCCUAAUUGUUAGUCGCAUAUUUUAUUGCUAGUAUAUAUGCUAUCUCAUGAGAAGUUGGCUGAAAUUCUGAAAGUCGUUUUCAACCCGAAAAGACUAUUGAAGCACGGUUGUCAUUUUAACUAUCAUGUCGAACAAUGCCAUAAUAUUCCAAUCACGCCAGGAUUCCAGCUUUCGAAUGAGCUUCUUAUCAACCGUUUUGAGCCAAUUACCUCUCGUCAGAAAUGACUACUUGCCUAGCGUGAGUUUUCGCAUUUCUGUGUCCCCGUAAAUUCGAGUAUAUUUCAUAGAAACCAUGCACAAAAUAAUUCCUUCUUCACUCAUAUGGUAGAAAAAAUGUCUUCUUUAAAGUUUAUGUUUAAAGAAGGAGAAUCUAGCGAUCUAAAAACUUUUAUAAUUCCCGAAUAAUUUUUAACCCGACCUGCCGUAACACUUCCAUUCAGGAUUCCCAAACCACAAGCUGUAAGGGAAAUCAUAAACGAUAUUUAGAGGACACAUAGGGUUCUUAAAAUUUUGUAAUCUCUAGGGACCAUGUUGUUCACUUGAUAAGCAGCACUGAUAAAUAUGCUGAUGCGAUUCUUCAUGAUCGGGCACUUCACCUUCGUAAAAAGUCUCAAAAUUAGGAACAUAAAAUUUAAAGGGGACGUUGUUUUCUACCAAGUGGGUGAGAGAGGGAAUAUUUUUUCACAUGCUUUCUAUAAAAUAUACCUGAAUUUACAGGGACACAGAAAAUCAAUUCAUAAAAACUCACGCUAUUUAAGUAUUCAUUUUUGAUUGGAUGCAGCUGGCGCAAAACGGUUGAUAAGAAGCUCAUUCGAAAGCCGAUAUCCUGACGUGACCGGAAUAUUAUGACAUUGUGCGACAUGAUAGUUAACAUGACAACUGUGCUUAAGUAGUCUUUUCGGAUUGAAAGCGACUUUCAGAAUUUCAAUUAACAUUUCAUGAAAUAGCUUAUCUACUGUCGUUGAGAGCGCGUUAUACGCCAUCUCAGACAAUUUCAAUAACAUUUAAGGGUAAGUCAAAUUUUGGUGAUAGUAGCUGUGCCCAGUCAGGCGGAUUUUUUUUUCCUAUUUACUGACGCUUCGUCCCUCGCGUGUGAAUUUUUUUUCAUUUCUAUGUCUGUUAAAUCCGGACGUUAUAGUGACAGUAUAUUAUUAACAAGCAGUAACAGUGCCUAAUUAACAGUUCGUCAUUUCUUUGAAAAGACUGGCGCCACUGCCUAUCGAAAUCGAGGUCUUGGCUCAGAGCAAUAUAAGCGUUUUGGCCUUUGAAGGAAAGAAGUCAAAUAGGACCAACUGUAAAUGACAGAAUACGCCCCGAAGGUCCAGGGGUUGGGUUGUCCGUACCACUAAAUUUCCCAAGACCUGUGUGUCCAGAAAGGGCUAGCUUUUCACAGAGUGAGUCCAAACCACACACUAAAAUCCGCCCAUCUGUCGAGCAUAUGCUCAUGCAGUGUUCCCACGACAUAACUCAUCGAAUUCAUUGCACUGUUGCCGUACCACGAUUUUUCCAGAAGUCACUGUGAGCUGUAUCAACCGGAAUGAUGAACUCGAGUUUCUCACAAAUAAUUACGCCUGCGUGGGUGAUUUUAGCCCCUUCUUGGCCCGUUCUUUUUAGAUCUCUACGUGGUUUGCAAAUGCACGGCGUCGCCUAAAAAAGGAGAAAAAGAUGACCUGGACACCCAAACAGCUUUCUUCUUCCGCAAUGCGAAGGGCUGUGAAGUUGAAACCGAUCAAUCCCGAUAGCGGCAGCAGCGAUAAAGCGAAGGAAGAGGACGAAGACGAAGAAGAGGAAGGGGACGACUGGAUGAAUGAGGACCAGAAGACGGUACAGGCUAGCUGUAGUUCCGAUGAAUUUUGCUCACCGCACCGUCACCACGGAGUCCGGCAGCUCGAUACCACUGAGUGUUCUGAUAUGGCCGAGAAUUUUGGGGCUUCCCCAGUCACUUCUUUUCCAUCCGCCCGGUCUGGUGACAUCAUGCAUCCUCUGACUUACCCGGGGGUUGCUCCCUGUCUUAGGCAUCACGAAUACCCCUCCUUUUCCACCCACUCCGACCCCUACCAACAGGCUCCAUUUGCACCGAACUUCGCCUCCUACUGGUGUAACGAUGUGAUUUCGCCCGAUGGUGCAUUUUUAAACCAGCCAUUGACUCCCUCUCUCUGGCCAGCCACUUCCCUCCUUGACUGUCGCAACGGGAAUUUCACCGCGUAUCCGACUUUCGAGGGACAACGACUAUCAUAA